AUGUCGUUUCUCUUCGGUCGCGCAAAGUCACGUCCGACCGCAGAUCUGGGCAAGCAAGCACGGGAACACAUAUCCAGACUCGAUGGCCCAAAUGGACCGGCCAAGGCUGAGGAGCUGGCAAGGGUGCUCAGUCAAAUGAAAAUCUUGUUGCAAGGCACCCAAGAAUCUGAGAGCUCUCCCGAACAGAUCUACCAGCUUGUCACUGGCCUCAUCGACGAGGACCUCCUCCACCUCCUCGCUGUAAACCUCUACCGUCUACCCUUCGAAGCCCGCAAAGAUACCCAGGUCAUCUUUUCAUACGUCUUUCGAUUCCGACCGGCUGCUGCGGCACCUAAAAGCGACCCACUGGCGUUAUCUUAUGUUGUCUGCAACCGUCCGCAGGUUCUGGUGGAGUUGUGUCGGGCCUACGACCACAAGGAGAGCGCGACCCCAGCCGGCUCAGUGCUACGCGAGUUACUCAAGAAUGAGGCGGCGGCGGCCAUUAUUCUUUACGAUGAUGAAAACUUGCCCGGUUCCAGUAGCAAGGGGCUGAAUGCCAUUGACCGCGAUCGGCCACAGAGUGGCAGGGGCGUGUUCUGGAGGUUCUUUGAAUGGGUCGACAAGAGUUCCUUUGAGGUGGCAGCUGAUGCUUUCACUACAUUCCGAGAGCUACUCACCCGGCACAAGGAAUUGGUACCUCAAUAUCUCAAAGUCAACUUUAAUCUGUUCUUCGAACGAUACAACAACGUCCUCCUCCAGUCCAAAUCCUACGUCACAAAACGCCAAUCGAUCAAGCUGCUGGGAGAGAUCCUCUUAGACCGGGCCAACUACAAUGUCAUGAUUGCGUAUGUGGAGAGUGGUGAGCACCUCAAGAUAUGCAUGAACCUCUUGCGCGAUGAGCGCAAAAUGGUCCAAUACGAGGGCUUUCACGUCUUCAAGGUCUUCGUGGCCAAUCCCCACAAGUCCAUUGCCGUGCAAAAAAUCCUCAUUAUGAACCGAGACCGACUGCUCAACUUCUUGGCGCAUUUCCUGGAAGAUCGAACAGAUGAUGAGCAGUUCAUCGACGAAAGAGAGUUCCUGAUCAAACAAAUCAGGAACCUGCCCCCUGCACCGGUACCGCCGCCUCAACGAUGA